GCGGCCGUCUGCAAUUAGGGGAGAUCUUGCCGCUAAUCCGCAGCCGAGGCGCUCUUUUACGUCAGCAAUAACCGUUAACUGAGUAGGCCUGUACCGAUAUAUAUUUCAUCAAGACACUUUGAGGGUAUUUCUCCAAUCGGACAACUUCUUAUCUAGUUAGCCAAACGACAAAGAAUGCGAGUGUGGUGUCUUGUGUAAAUGAUGACCUCAAAAAUGGAUUUCCUCGGGUACAUCAUUUUAGCUGCGGCGAUUUCUUCCACUUGGAUACAAGGUGUGAGGUGCCUAAGGCUGACAGAAGUCCGCAUAGAACAACACACAGUUCGCGGCAACAGCUCGCAGCUGCUCUGCCAGUUCGACCUGCAAGGAGAGACACUGUACUCUGUCAAGUGGUACAAGGACGGUAACGAGUUCUUCCGUUUCCUGCCGAGGGACAGCCCGCCUGCCCAGAUAUUUCCUCUCCCAGGAGUUGCAGUUGAUAUCUCACGAUCCAAUGAAUCUCACGUGACGCUGAAGGACCUCACUCUGUCCAGCAGUGGACGUUAUAGAUGUGAGGUGUCGGCAGAGGCACCCUCCUUCCAAACAGUCUCAGACCAUGGGGAUAUGCUCACUGUCGCUCUACCAGAGGAGGGGCCACGCAUUACAGGAGGGAAGCCAAGGUACCAGGUCGGGGACACCGUGAGGGUCAACUGUACCUCUGGCAGUUCCAAGCCUGCAGCCUCCCUCAUGUGGUUCAUCAACGGGGAACAGGUCAACAAUUCCUACCUGAGAGGUCCGACCGUAGAAUAUGUGGGGAGGGAGGGUCUGGAAACCGCAACUUUAGGUCUGGAGUUUAAAGUGGAGGCGAGACACUUCCGGCGAAGUGACCUGAAGUUGAAGUGCCUGGCGACCAUCGCUACGGUCUACUGGAAAAGCAAUGAGGAGAGUGUGGAGGGUGAGAAGCCUCAGCGGUCACCGGCCCUUGAGGUCAAGGACAUCCCUACUGAUAGGUCCAGGGCUGAUAGGGUUCAAGCUUCUCAGGCCUGUGCAUUCUACGCCUGCAGCGGCCAAGUUCUGUUAGCCGUGCUCCUUGGCCACCUCACAGUCACUGCUAGAUAACAAUCACGGCCGUCUACAGCCCGAGGUCGCUAGAGUCUCAUGUAACAUAAAUACUUGGCCUGUAAAUAUACCUGAUUCGCCAGUAAAUACAGCCCUGAUUGCAACAUACACUAUGUAUACACGAUUCUCACGAACAUUUGUAUACAAUUCCUACUUAAAUUUACUUAUUAUUCAUUUAUGUUUUAUUAGAUUAGAACUAUAUGUAACUACAUUAGUUCUUUAUAUUUUUUAUUUUACAAAAUAUAUAUGUUUUCUGACCUAAACAUCGUAGCUACAAUAAUAUUUGUUCCAUGAAUUUUUCAACAUUUUGUUUUGUAACCCGAAAAUUGUUUAUUGUUUCAAUGUAAUUAGGUUAUCUAUACGUAUCUAUUACUUAUAUAAAUUAUAUGGUAUAAUUUUAGAAACUAAUAUUGCCGUAUGAUUAUUAAUAUAUUUAAUGUAUAUUAUUGAACUACAAAACGUUCAUAGUUAUUUAAACAUAAUUUUAAAUUAAAAUCAAUAAAACAACACAAUAUCUGGUAUAUAAAGGUAUAGUAAAAUAACAUCACUAAAACCACAAGUAUAUCAAUAUUUAAUGACAUAGUGUAUUUUGUAAUCGAAUAUUGAGAUGUUAUGUUGCUCUUCGCACUUUUAUAUAUUAGCGAUUCUCUUGGGUGUUAUUCUAGUAAACGGUUUAUAAUGUAUAUAUUGCACUAACUGUUAUAAUGUAUUCUUUUAUAGAAAUAAUGUUGCAGCUAUGAU